AUGGCCCAACCAAAGUCUAGAGUUCCUCUCAUCCUCGGCCUCACAGCAGCAGGUGGUGUCGGCUACUACCUUUACACCGCUGGUGGAAAUCCAAAGGUUGCUGAGAAGCAAUUCGAGGCCGAUCUCUCCAAGGCCUCUGCAAAGGUCAAGUCCGAAGUUCCAGGCCAAGGCCAAAGAGCCCAGAAAGAAGGCGAGAAAUGGGCUGCUGAAGCCGGUGCAAAGGUCGAUUCUGCUGCCGACAAGGCUCGUGCAGAAUUCGCAAAAGCCGAAGGCAAGUUCGAGGAACUGCGCAAAGACACCGGCAAAAAGAUCGACCAGGCUGACCGAAAGGUUGAAGCGAAAGCGUCCGAGGCAAAGAGCGGAAUUUCGUCCUGGUUCGGUGGGAAGUAG